AUGUACUUUACACAUUUAUUGGAUGAAGGAAAAUCUAACCAUGUCAUUUCUAGCGCAAACUACGGUAUCAAAUGGGCUCACAAUAUGAACGAUAUGGACGAUCCAACCGAAAAUAAUACUGUGAAGUUACUAUUAAACACGGCAAAUCGUAUUCAUUCAAAACCUGUAGAGAAAAAAGACGUUAUAUCUUCAGAUAUGUUACAGACAUUAUGUUCCAAAUAUGAAGACUCAUGUGAUGUGAUUGAUCUUAGAGACUUAUCUAUGAUAUUAUUAGCAUAUUCUGGUUUUAUGAGAAUAGGUGAGGUGUGUAACUUGCGUUGCAAGGAUAUUGUGUUCAAUCCUGAUCACUUAAUAGUUAAGGUUACUCAAAGUAAAACUGAUAUUUAUCGUGACGGUUCAGAAAUUGUAAUUUCUAAGGGAACGUCGUCUGCUUGUCCUAUAGAUAUGUUAAAAAGAUAUGUUUCAAAAGCAAAUUUAUCUCUGUCAUCGGAUGAUUUUUUAUUCAAACCAGCAUUCAGGUCAAAAAACAGACCAUCUCUAAUUAAUAAGAAUAAGAAAUUAAGUUAUACUAGAACAAGAGAAUGUAUUAAGUCCAAAUUGAGAUUAAUUGCACCUAAUAGUAAUUUAGGUACACAUUCUUUAAGAGCCAGUGGGGCCAGCACUGUUGCUAAUGCAUCCGGUGUGUCUGAACGUUGUCUGAAAAGGCACGGCCGGUGGAAAACCGAUUCAGCCAAAGAUGGUUAUAUAAAGGAUUCUUUAGAGAAACGUAUGUUUGUAACUCAGGCUUUAAAUCUGUAA